AUGUAUUUUUUGCUGUUCGUAGCAUUAAGUAGUGCAAUGACUUUGAACGAAUUUGCGAAACUUUCCUCGACAUCACGCGAUAAAAUUAGCUCAGUGAAUAUGUUCUUCAGAGGGAAGGCUUACCAAUCAUUGAGUGACAUUAAGCACUCGGAGGCCAAUGACAAAAUUGUAGUAAAGAUGAUGAAGAAGACUGUCCAUCGCGAGACUAAGGAAGCUCUUCGUGAGUUCAUAAAAACAAAUUACAUCACAAACAAAACAGCAAACUAUGUAGACAUUGCCGCAAAGACUCACGAAAUGGAAGCCGAUGUGAUUAAGGGGUUUGACGGUGUUCACACCAAAUUUGUUCAGGCUGUGGUAAACACAACGGCCUCUGUGAAGAAGGUUUUGAAGGCUGAAAAGAUCGAGGCGACCGUUUCCAACGCUGGUGUGAAGACUAUUGGUGUUGACUUAGCAAAGCAACUUCGAAUGGGGAACAACGUGACUUCAGAUCAAUUAGAAAAAGUGUUUAACACGUCGAUCGAAGCGAUGAAGAACGUCACACAGACGUUUGCCAAUUCAACCAAAGACAAAUUAGAAGCAAUUGCUGCUGCGGUCAAGUUCAUUAAAACGGGGGAGAUGAAAAUGCUUGAGUCGUAUAAUAAGAUGUACACGCUCUUUAGACUUGCCCUAACAGAGAAGUUGUUUGUGAACCACACCAUCGUCAACUCCACCACUGAAAAGAGCAAAUUAGCUAAACAAGUCAAAGUCGACAUUCAGCAACAAACAAACAAAUUGGUUGGAGUCCAAAAAGAUUUAAUUAAAGAAAAGAAGGUCAUCGAAAAGGCUCAGAAGAAGAUUAAUAAGAAGAUCAACAAACCAGUGAAGAAAGCUAUGAAGAAAAUGGCUAAGAAAGUUAUUAAGAAUACCAAGAAGGCUGCAAAGGACACUAAGAAGGCAACAACUCCAGCCGCCGCUAAAUGCGUUAAACCAAAGAAGUAA